CGAUUGUACGACUUUUAAAAAUUAUAUUUAUAUACAGAAUUCAUUUAACCAAUGAAACUUUUACUAUUUGAUAUAUCGCUCUGUGCAACAGUUCUCUUAUUGGGUAACGAACAUUUCGAUUGUAACACAGUUGAACGCGUGUUGUGUAUACGGUUUGACGAGUAAUUAUUUCUAUUUCCUUGUCCUUAAGUCUAAUUCUCAUUGUUGCGCAACGCCCCCUACAGAUAUUUGUACGAAUCAAUUUCUGCUAAAUUUGGAUUUCGUAAGCGAUUCUGUGUUCAAAGAGAGAUAUUUUUAGCCAUGCUUUUAGUUAACACGUGCAACUUUCUGCGUGAAAAAUAGAAGUAGUGUUAAAUAACGUAGAGUUUAUUUGUAACGAUUAUUUCGGUACUCACUGCAGAUAAUCCUCGAUAGUAUUUUAAUGUCAAUCUGUUAUAUUGACGUUUAUUCCUUGGGAACAAUAGGUUCACGAAUAUUUGGUUAACUCAGUGUAAACAAAGAUAAACGCUCAAUACAAAAAAUGGCGGGAAAAGAGCAAUUCGAUGAAUUUUUAGGUGGUUCUGAAAAAUUACCAACUCAGGUACACAUUAUGAAACUCGUUUCCUCCAGAGCUAGUGAAAUCGCCGCAAUGACAUAUUCUAUAGAAAAUCCUCAACAAACGAAACUGGUUUUUCAAAAGCUUCCCGUCUACAUGCGCAGGCGCAUUAUGUCUCAUAACGUGAAACGGUUACCGCGCAGAUUAAGGGAGGCACAUUUGAAUCAAAUGAUUAAAUCCGGAUUGCCGCCCAAAAUUAAAAGGCCGUCGCGUAAAUAUCGUAGACGACCUCGCAACUUAUUAUCGGAGUACAAUCGAAGACAACGAAGCAAAAUUUGGCUGGAGACUCACAUUUGGCAUGCCAAACGUUUUCAUAUGACAGAAAAAUGGGGCUACAGAAUCGCGAGCUAUGCAAAUGAUAAAUGUUUUAAGGCCAAUUACCGUGCUGUUGCUAAGCACUGCUUGAUGCAAGAUAUUUCUUAUUAUACGUGUAUUGAAAUAAAUGGUCCAGAGGAAAUAUUAAAGGAUACCUUAAGAAGUCAUUGCAACCCGUACGAAUUAACAUUUGCCGCGAAAAUUUUUAUCACUGGUGUUCGAGAAGGCACUAUAAUGUUUUUUAAAAAAAAUGGUUAUCCUAGAUUUCCAAUUGGUCAUGUACACUUUUUAUGGAGAUCGAAUCAAUCUAAUUUGAGAACAAUUUGGAUCUGGGUCCAUCCGUCUUUUCUUGAUGAUUUUGUUGCCGAAAUUAUAUGCAGUUUCGAAUUUAAAUCAAACGAAACUGAAAAUGAUUAUUUUAACGAGCAGAAUUGUAAUAUGAGUAUUCAUAAAAAUACUUUAAAUCGAUUUCGAUUUUACGGUCCGCUGACGAUCAGCGUUCUAACAAAUGCUCUUCAUUUACCGAGAUUCGAUAAAGGUUUAUUUUCUGAAAAAAAUUAUGAAAAUGUGAUAGAAACUGAGAAAGACCAAAUGGAUUAUGAAGAAGAAAUUCAAGAACCUAAUAAGUCAUGGCACAUUGAAUAUUAUGAAAAUCAAGAAAACAUCGAGUAUUUAAAAAUUCAAAGACAAUUAUGGGAUGUAUUGAAAACAUUACAGUCUCCUAGUCAGUUGCCACCAAAUAUUGUUCUUGGUUUUACAGUCUUAGAUCCAAGAUUUCACCUGCCUCAGAAAAGAAUUAAAGUGCAGAGAGAUGUACAGGCAAUUGAAAUGAUGCCAGUGCCUCCUACAAAUGCAAAUUUAAGCCCAAUUUGGGAGAAAGAGAUACGAAAAAAAGUUAGUAAAGGUUGUGUAACAACAAGUGCAAUCAAUAAGUUAAGAAGCAAGUGUUUAGUACCAGGUGUAGAUAAUGAUAAAUACUUUGACGAAGGAAUCAUGGCAAAGAUCCCUAUACUUAUAAUUCAGAAACCUGGAAUUGGUAAUACAGGCCUAAGUUCCAGUAUAGAUAUUGUACUACCAGCUAAUUGGGCAAUGCCAUUUUGGCUUUCAUGUAUAUUUCGUUGUGUAAGAGUUGGUGCACUCAGAGAAUCACAAUCUAUAGCAUUUGAAUAUGGAAAGAUGCAGUCACCAGAUAUCAAUGACCCAGACACACCUGCUUAUGCACGAGAAGCAUUAAGUACCAAGUUGGAAUUAAGAGAAAAAUAUUUUCGUUAUCCACCGAACAGGCGCGUGAAUUUUAUUAAACUUGGAAUUUCUAGUCCUUUCUUUUGCGAAUGGAAACUCUUAAUGAAAGAAUGGGCAGAUACAGAAGAAUUUUUUGUACUAAGAAAUCGUAAAUUAUUAAAUUUGUUACAAAAAAGUUUACCAGUUAAAGAAACUAAUAGAAGAAAGUAUAAUAAAUCGAGUAGCCGUAUAACAGAUCUUACCGUACACGAUGCAUUUAUAGAUAAAAAUUGUCUGGUUCGUGUUAAAAUAUCUAUUUUACAAAAAGGAUGCCCUAAAAGAUUUGCAAUGAUAUGUAUGCCAACAGUAGAGGACGUAAACAAGUUUCAACAAAAUAGAAAAUGGUCAGGUCCAGUUGAAAAAUUGAAUAAUGAUCCGAAUGAAACUGUUCGAAAAAAUUUACGAAAAACUCACUUAACUUGUUUGAAACGUUUGAAAAGACAAAGGAUACGUUGUAGAAAGACAUUAACUAAUAACUUGAGCAAGAUGUUAAGUAAAAGCUUCCUAGCUAUCGAUUACGAAAAUAAAAUCAAAAAUUUAUUAAAAAUAAGUCACACAAUGGUGUGUAAGAACUACGAAAAGAUGUCACAGUUGUAUCUUCCAGACUGUACGAAUGUACGGCAUUCCUGUGAUAGAGAAAUUAUGGGCUAUCUAACUAUGGGCGAUUUCUCCUUUGCAGAAGCAAAAGGCAUAGGUUUUGGAUAUGUAACAUUAAAUUCCUUAAUUGAUCUGAUUAACAAAAGAUACAAUUUCGUUCUUGUCAGAAACAUUCAAACAAGGCAGUAUAGAAUUGCUAGCUUAGAUAUAAUAAGUUAACAAAUGUAAACGAGUUAUUAUUAAUGAGAAUGUAAUAUG